AUGGCAGACACACAACAAGUAUCGUUUCAGUAUGCCAACGAGUGUGACCUUGAGAUCCAUUGUUCACCUUUUGGGUUAUCAGGGUUGUACAUCAAAGUUAAAGGGACUAAUAUAAUGGGUAUAGGAUCCACUAUGGGAUUAGUCACAGGGUCCACCACUGGACUCAUUCACUAUAAUGAUGCUAAUGACUUGAUGGAUCAAAAAUAUAAACUAUACGUGAUUGUAGAUGAAGAGGGAAAUUUGAGAAUAGAUUUCACUAAAAUAUUCACAUUAAAACAUCUGAAUAGUGUCAGUGCAAACAUUAAUAUAGAAAGCAAUGUGAGUAGCAGUAGUAUUGGUAAUAGUAAUGCGAACAAUAAUACAAGUAGUAGUAGUGCCACUGGAAGUAUCAGUGCCAGCGCGGUAGGUGAUGGUAUCAGCGAAGAAAAAGGUGGUAAUAAUUUGCUUUCCCCGGAAAAUUCAUCUUCAGGUAGCAGCGGACAGCCAUCAUCUAAUGAACCACAGCUAAACACAUUCACGCCGGACAACAACAGCCCUAGAGAGAACACAAGUAAGUCGCAACUUGGAAACAUAGACAUUGAAAGUUACGAGGAAGAUGAAGUACCUACUUUAGUGUUCAAGGGUAAAUGCCCCGAGGGACGUCCAGAUAACAUAGACCCAUUCAUAGGUAUAUUCUCGUUUGAAAGGGAAGACUAA